GGCUGAACAGGCGCAGUCAGUGCUUUCACCUGCUGGGAGAUGAGAGACAGCGAGCAGGAAGGCAGAGGCCCGGAUUAAUAGAAUAUCGGCAUUUGUAAUUAUAUACAUUAGGUUUGGACAGCAAACGCAGCAUAAAAAGAUGUUUAAGAAACUCAAACAGAAAAUUAACGAGGAGCAGUCCCCACAAAAGAACGCACAGUAUCAACAGCAGGCCCAGACCACUCCUAAGUCUGCAACCCCGCCUACAGGUAACAGAAGCCGUUCCUCAUCCCUGUCUAACCGGCAGGAUGAAAGCCCGAUCACUCCAGAUGACAGAGAGGCUGACACAGAAACUGCAAGACCCGCUGGCAGUGUUAAUGGAGAUGAAGCAGAUAGCCCACAGAAGCCUGAGGCGCAGUCUUUUGCCCAGAAGCUCCAGCUGCGAGUGCCCUCCAUGGAGUCCCUGUUUCACUCGCCCUCCAAGGAGUCUUUGUUCCGCUCUCCCUCCAAGGAGUCGCUGUUCCGCUCUCCCUCCAAGGAGUCGCUGUUCCGCUCUCCCUCCAAGGAGUCGCUGUUCCGCUCUACCUCCAAGGAGCGCAGCGCCUCGCGGGAGUCCCUGAACCGCCUGGGGGAUCCAGAGUCUGCCACCACCCCCACAUAUGACCCCCCCUCCGACAUCGAGAGUGAGGCAGAGGACACCAUGGGCAGCACAGACAGCCUCAGCAAAGAGCAGCUACAUCACAGGCUGCGCAGGAUGGAGAGGAGCUUGAGUAUCUACAGGGGGAAGUAUUCAGAGCUAGUCACUGCCUACCGAACGGUACAGAGAGAUAAAGAAAAAGUUCAGGCAAUACUUGGUCAAUGUCAAGACAAAUCACUUCGCAGGAUUGGGGAGCUGCGAGAGGAGCUGCAGAUGGACCAACAGGCUAAGAAGCAUAUACAGGAGGAGUUUGAUGCUGCACUUGAGGAGAAAGAUCAGUACAUCACGGUUCUCCAGACUCAGGUGACCUUGCUGAAGCAAAGGUUACACGGUGGUCAGGGGAAUGCUGACCAAACCCAGCUGACCACUGCAGAAAGACAGGAGGUAGAAUCAGAGCCUCAAAGCUCCACACAGGAGCUUGGCACAGAAAACGCUAACCUGUCAGAAGAUGGCAACGGAGAUGCUUCAAAGACUCUGGAGGUCUUGCAGCAGCGAGUGAGACGGCAGGAGAACCUGUUGCAGAAGUGCAAGGAGAUGCUACGCACGCAUAAGGAGCGCUCCACACAGCUCGGCAGCGAAAAGGAGGCACUACAAGAACAGCUUGAGGAGCGCCUCCAGGAGCUGGAGAAAAUCAAGGAACUCCACACUGCUGAAAAGACCAAACUAAUCACUCAGCUCCGGGAUGCCAAGAAUUUGAUUGAACAGCUAGAGCAAGAUAAGGGAAUGGUCAUUGCAGAAACCAAAAGGCAGAUGCACGAGACUCUGGAGAUGAAAGAGGAGGAAAUUGCCCAGCUCCGCUCGAGAAUCCUGCAGACUACAGCACUGCGCGAGGAGCUGCAGGAGCAGAAGGAGAAGUCGGAGAAAGACGCUUUUGAGGAGCUGGAGAAGACUCUGAGUACAGCACAGAAGGCGGAGGAAGCCCAGCGGCAACUGAAGGCCCAAAUGGAGGAGCAGAUCAGGGCCGUAGAAAAGGCCAGUGAGGAGGAACGUAAAAACCUACAACAGGAACUCUCCAGGGUUAAACAGGAAGUGGUCAACAUCAUGAAGCAGAAGUCCUCAGAAGACAGGAUAGCAAAAGUUGAGAAGAUGCAUGCAGAAGCCCUGGCAAGCAAAGAUCAAGAGCUGACUCAGAGACUACAGACACGGGAGGCCGAAUUGCAGGAGCAGAUGAGUAUGGCUUUGGAGAAAUGCAAGGCUGAGAACAUGCUGAUGAUUCAGGAGAAGGAGCAGCAGGCUGCACUUGCCUUGGAGGAGCUUGAGCUGCAGAAGGUGGCCAUCCAGUCUCAGAAUGAGAACCGGGUACAGGAGCUGCAGCAGGAGCUUGAGACAUUCAGCACUAAAGUACUUGAAUUGGAAAGUUUGCUGGCAAAGAGUUCUCAGCGCGAGACUGACAAGUCAGAUGAGCUGUUGUCGCAGAUUGAGGCCGAGAAGAACAAGCAUCAAGCAGAAAUCGCAGCAAUGAAUGAAAAGCACAUGGUAGAGGUGGAUCGCAUCAGACAGGAACUCUGGGAGCUCUGGUCUGACAAACUUCAGAUCACAAAGAAGCAGUACCAGACUUCUGUGGAGGAGCUCCAAGAGAAACACACCCAAGAGCUGGAGUCCUUACUAAAGGAAAAGGAGUCCCAGUUCCAUUCCCAUAUCAAGGACAUGAACCAAAAAACCCUGGAAAAACUUGAAGUUAAACAAACUGAGCUGGAGACUCUUUCGUCAGAGCUGACAGAAGCACUAAAUGGAAAGAAGCUUUUAGAAGAGCACCUGGCGUCCUUAAAUGAUACCAUAGACUCUAUUAAACAGAAGUGUGAGAUUAAAGUUGAGCAGGAGAAAGCCAGAUACCUUGGUGAGGUGGAAGGCUUAAAAUCAGAGCUUCAGCAGUCAUUGGAAGGUGUUGAGAAGACUCUGAAGGAGGAACUUAAUAAUCUCAAGAUGGUCCUGGAAGAAAAGGAAAAACAGUUGUUGGAACUGCAGGCAAGAGAAAGGGAGCUGAAGGAAGAGGCUGAGAAGCAGCAGCAAGAGACAGUUGCUAAAUUUGAACUGCAGAUGGAAGAGCUAAGGGAAAAUGUUAAACGGGCCGAAGCAGAAAAGGAGGGUCUGACAGAAACCAGCUUGACACUGAAUCAGGUUACCUCUGAACUGGAGAAUUGUCAAUGUCAGGUACAGCAGCUGGAGCAGAAGCUGAAGGAGGUGCAGAAACAAUCUGAUGAGAAGGUGUCUUUUCUCCAGGCAGAGCAUGCCACAAAGGUUGCAGAGCUUCAGAGCCAUAUUGAGAAGGUUAAAAAGGAGCUGUCUGAAAGCGAACAAUCUCUGACUGAAAAAUUGGAGGUACAUCUUCAGCAGGAGAAAGAUUUAAAUAAACAACUAGAGGAGGUACGAACUGCAGGCGAACAGAGGAUAGAUGCUGCUAGAACAGAGUACGAAACCAAGCUUAAAGCAAAUGAGGCGAAGAUGGACAAACUAAAGCAGAAGGCCAGGGAGAUGCAAGAGAAGUUUAAGAAGAAGCUGUAUGACCAAGAGGUCAAGCUGAAGGAGCAGUGUGAUAAAAAGCAGCAAGAGCUGAACCAGAAGGAAAAAGAGUUCAAUGAGAAGAUCCUGGAAAUGGCCCAUGCUGGUUCUGCUGGGAUCAGUGAUGCAAUCUCUCAGCUGGAGUUGACACAGAAGGAGCAGCUGGAGAGUUUGAAGAUGUCUCACCGGAAAGAACUGGAGGAGCUGAUCCAAGGAUGGCAAAGGAAACUCAGUCAGCAAGAGGAGGAAAUGCAGGAGAAGCAUGAGGUCGAGCUGCAGGAGAGAGUACAGGAGGUGGAUGAGAUGAGACAGCAGCUUGGCGCCACCAGGGAAGAGAAGGAGCAUGUUCUGAAGGAGGUGAAGGGCCUCAGGGAGGAACUUGUGAUGAGGGAGACAACAGUGCAGAAACUGCAAGCAGAGCUAAGGGAAGCUGCUGCACAAGUGGAAAAUUUGUCCAAGGGGGAAACAAUGCUGAAGGAGCAGGUGGAGGCAAUGGAGAAGAACUUUAGUCAAGUUUUGAAUGAAAGAAACUCUCUCCAGAACCAGAUCAGUAAGGCUGAAGAGGACAGCAAUAAACGGGAGCAGGAACUAGCAAAACAGCUAGAAGAGACCCGUGCCAAACUAACAGCACUGGAAGCCACACACUGUAAAGAAGUUGAAGCUCUCCAGAAGAAACUCGAAGAGAAGGUCCUUGAAAUGCAGUUUAAGGAGGAAGAGUUCAGAAAACAGCUUAAUCUGCUAACAGAACAUGUAUCUCUUUCCUGCAAUGAAGUUCAGCGUAAAAUGGAAACUACUGCUGGUGACUUCUGUGACAAAUUGAACAGCAAAGUCAGUGAUCUUAGCAAUAGAAUUGUCUGCAACCAGAAGCUGGUAGCGCAGCUUAAAAAUGUCAUCCUGGCCAAGAUUGAACGAAUCAGCCAUCUGGAACUACAGCUCCAACAAAUAACAGACGAGAAAAUGGUAUCAGAAAAUUUAUUGCUGCAAUUGACAAAUCAAAUGCAGAGUAAAGAAGAACAUAUCAAAGCCUUUAAAACAGAAAAGGAAUCUUUAGAAAAAGAUAGAGGCAGUCACUUAGAAAGUCUUUCCGAGAAAGAUAUGUGCAUUGAGCAACUUAGAAAGGAACUGACUGCAAGUACAGAGACCAACAUAAAUGUUUCUGAAAAUCUGAAAGAAAAGGAAGCCCAAAUCAGUAGCCUAGAGGGUAUGAUAAAUAACUUGAAGACCCAGCUUGCCAAUAGUGUUGGUCUUGCAGAGAAGGAAGAAGCCAUAUUGUUAAUAAGUCAGCAAUACAGGGAGGAGCACCAGAAGCUACUAAACCAAAUGCAAGAGUUAUCGAAGAGCAUAGAGGUUCUUAAACAGGAGAAAUCAUCUGCCCUUGACCAGGCAGAGCAGUGGAAGAGUAAGCUGUCAGACUGGAAAAAGAAGGCAGAGUCUAAGUUCACGCAGAACCACAACGCUGUCAAGUUACUGCAGGGCAAGGUGGAAGAGAUGGAAAAGCAAAUCGAAGAGAAAGAUCUACAGUUGGGCAAGCUCACAGAUGAUAUUGAUAAACAGUCUCGUAGCAAGUCUGAGAUGGACCAGAUGCUGAGUGAAAAAGAAAAAAAAGUAGGAGAGUUAACUACUGAACUGCAGAGCAGCAUAUUCAAGAUAAGGGAGGUGGAAGAACAGCUUGCCAAAAAGGCUGAGGAACAUAAUCAUCUUCUUGUACAACUGCAGCAGAUGAAUCAAGCAAAGGAUGCAGAACAGAAAGAGCUGGUGCUGCAGCUUCAGCAGGCUCAGGUGCAAUUCUCUGAAAAGAGCAACAGAGUCAAGGAAACCGAAGAGAAGUUACAGUCUAUAGAAAGGGAGACUGAAACUCUGAAGCAGGACCUUCAGCUCAAACAAGAGGGUUUUGAGAAGACAAAAGCAGAAAUCCUGAAGAGCAAAGAGGAAGAACUCAAGGCAGCAGAAGAAAGAUGGUCUGCAGAGAGUGCUGGUAAACUGGCCGAGCUGAAGAAGAAAGCCGAACAGAAGAUUGCCAUGGUGAGAAAGCAGCUUACCUCACAAGUGGAGGAGAAGGAACAGAUUGUUAAAAACUUGGAAAGUCAGUUAGAUGAGUUGAAACUGGUGGUGGAUAAAAAAGAGGAAAGUGUCAAAGCCUUGGAGCAAAGAGUGAAUUCACUAGAAGAGUCAGCAAACAACAGGGAAGAGAUGGAAAAGCAAAUCAAGAAUUUAAGGGAAGCCAGAGAGCUGGAGAAAGAAAGUACCUUGCAGAAUCUGAAGGAAAUGUAUGAGGAGAAACUGAAUGUUCUGCAGAAAGAUCUGGCUGAUAGGGACCUCCAAGUACAGAUGAUGCAGGAGAAAGAGACAGAAAAAAGGGCUGCUGAAGAAGAUGCACAGAACAGGCAUGAAGAGCUUCAAAAUAGCUUGGAGCAAGCAGAGGAAGACAAACGCAGGCAACAGGCAGAGGUUUUCAGGCUUCAAGAAGAAUUGCAGAAGCAGACUGAACUGCAUUCCGCCUUGCUUAAUGAGCAGAAGGAAUGUACUGCAACAUUGUCAGAUCUUCAAAAGCAACUAGAAGACAGUGAAGGAAAGAUUCUGGAAAUGGAAAGCAGCUUGGAGCAGAUGAAGAAAAACGUACAGGCAAGAGAGUCCUCUGAGAAGUCACUGGAACAGAAAAUAAAGGAGCUGGAAAGCAGUUUAGCCAAGGACAAGGAGAACUUUAAAGUAGAAAAAGACUCCUUGUCUGAUCAGUAUGAAAGAGAACUGAAAGACCUCCGUCGGCAACUAGAGGAGAGUGGGUCCCUUUUGAGAGACUACGAGGAAGGUUCAGAGCAGAAGACCAAGUCUGAUUCUGAACUGCAGAGCCUUCUAGCAGAGAUGAGAGACAAACAGAAAGAACUAGAUGGCAAGCUGCAGGAGGCAGAUGGUGAGAAACAGAAGCUGCACAAAGAGAUAAUAAGGCUGCAGAAAGACAUUCGCUCUUUGCGUAAGGAACAUGAGAAAGAACUGGACUAUGUAAAGAAAGAGAUGGCUGAAGAAAAUGAACUAAAAAUGAAGCUAGAGCUGGAAGAUCUGGAGUUGAAGCACAAUUCUAGCCUGAAACAGAUAAUAAGGGAAUUCAACACCCAGAUAGCCAAAAAGGACCAAGAGCUGGAUUCUGCUGUGCAAGAAGCUAUUAGCAAGGCCCAGGAUGUGGAAACUGAGUUGUUGAAUACUUAUCGGGAGGAGACAAAUCAGCUCUACAAGAAGAUCGGACAAAAAGAGAAUGAGCUGAAACAAACCUCCCAGAACUACGAGCAGAUGUUACAGCACGAAGAGAACCGAGAGGAGGAGAUGACAUGCAGAGUGAACGAACUACAGAAAGAGCUGGAGGAGCUCCAAAUGGAGAGACAGCAGAGGCUGAAUGACGAGAAGAAUCAGAACAGUGAACAGGGUUCCAUGGCCGAGCUGCAAGCACAGCUCGCGCUAAAAACAACACUGCUCAGCGAAGCUAAACUAAAGGAACAGGAGUUCCAGGAAAGAAUCCAUUCACUAGAAGAUAAGCUAAGAAGUUAUCCUAAGAACUCUGUUGUGACACAUCUAGGAACACCAUGCAGAGGUGGAAACUACAACAGCGAUGACUUGUCAGAGCCAACAGAAUUCGAAUACCUUAGAAAAGUAAUGUUUGAGUACAUGAUGGGACGAGAGACAAAGACAAUGGCGAAGGUCCUCACUACAGUACUCAAGUUCCCAGCAGACCAGGCUCAGAAGAUCCUAGAAAAGGAAGAAUCUCGACCGCUGAUCUUGUCCUUUGAAUGAAACCCACCUCCUGCUCACUGGAUCCUAUUCACUUUGUUCUUUUUUGUUCCUUUUUUGCAAUUCUUAGCCCCCUUGUGUUAAACAUUAUAAUGAUUCCCUGAGUUGUGGCAUGUUACCAGCAAAUUUUAAAACUGCAGCAGUCACGACAGUGCCAAAAAAAACAAACAUGGCUUUGAAUAACUUGAAUAAUUUUCAGCCCAUUUUAAAUUUACCCUAUCUUGCUAAAAUAUUAGAACAUGCUGUGACUUUGCAAUUAAAUUGCCACCUUACUGCAAAUAAACUCUAUGAACCUUUGCAAUCCGGUUUUUGGCAACUACACAGCACUGAAACUGCCCUUGUUAAAGUUACUGACAAUCGUCUUAUGGCAGCGGAUUCAGGUGCACUAUCAAUCUUAAUUCUUCUGGAUCUUAGUGCUGCAUUUGACACUGUAAAUCAAAAUAUUCUGUUUGACAGGUUAAAGAGUUUCUUUGGCAUCUCUGGCUCUUAAAUGGUUUAAAUCUUAUCUAACUGGGCGACAACAUUUCAUCUCUCUUGGCGGUUUUAGUUCUGAGGUUGGGUUGGUAACGUCUGGUGUGCCACAAGGCUCAAUAGUGUAGUAGUGCUUUUGUGUUAAAGAAAUGCAUUAAAUUCUGCAGUGUCCUUAUGCACAACUAUUCACCCACAUUCAAAAUAGGACAAUGUGGUUGAAGUUUGGACCAGAACCAUGUAAAUAGAGAGUCACCUCCCACCAAAAGCAGAUUCACUCCAGAUGGAACACAUUGUUUUCAGAGCAGUUUCUUCCAUGUGGUUCUGAAAGCUAAAACAACUACAGUUGGAAACUGGAAGUUUAUUAUUUUGUUAAAUAUUUUAACAAAUAUUUUUUUAUAACUUUUUAAAGAGAGUUUUUUCUUGGUUUGAUCUUCAUUCUGUUUCUUACCCAGCUUUUAACAAGGCAUCUUGGGGCUUGCAUUAAAGAGGUUCCUCUGUGUUUAUUUUGGAAAUCACGUUGGUUUAAUUAAAAAUGUAUUUUUUGACUUGAACGAUUCUCAUCAGCAUACAUACUCUAAAUUAAGUUAUUCAUUUGCUUAGCUUUUUCCUGUUUAGUUAAAAUAGUGUUGUAAUACAGCACUGGAGUGUACAGCAUAUAUUACUAUACCUAUGUAUGCAGUACCCCUAUGUGCAAAAUUAUAUAAACUGAGCAGCAGGACUAACUAGACAUAUCUCCAGCACAGUUGUUUUAAGAUAGCACUGUUAAUUUAUGCUUUACCAAGGGUAGACAAUCUAACUGUCAAUGGGUUCUGCUUCUCAGUAUUAUACAUGUAGACUCAAGCGUGGCAGUUUAUAAUGUUUAUUUAUUUAUUUGUAAAUCAAGCUUAUUGGAUAUAUGAACAUGGAAUGUAAGCUUGUAAUACACUAAAGGGGUUGUUUAUUUCUUGCUGAAUAAUUAAAACAGAGUGUCCGACCUACUUCACAGUUUCAGUUUGAAAACAAAUGCUGUUAUGUUGUAAUGGGUCUUGACUACUGUCUUCAAACAUGUUUAAUUUAAAGGGUAUAUAAGGAGAGAUUUAUUAUAUUGUGUUACAUGUUCCCAUAUGUUGCUACAAC